UCAAGAUAUGUUAUACGAAGACAGCUCCAAGAUUUUCGUUGGUGUUCGUUUUGUUCUAAUUGGAUUCGACUCCCUUAGGAAGGAACAGAUUCGGUCCAAGCUCGUGGAGGGUGGUGGAGUUGAUGCAGGCAAAUAUGGACCAGAUUGCACCCAUCUUAUUGUUGAUAGUAUUAUCUACGAUGACCCCAUAUGUGUUUCUGCUCGACGAGUUGGAAAAAUAGUUGUUACCAGCUUGUGGGUUGCACACAGUUUUGAUUUGGGAAUGCCUGUUGAUCACCAUUCUGUCAUGUACAGACCUCCAAGAAAUUUGAAUGGAAUUCCAGGUGCUAAAUCACUGAUAGUCUGCUUAACUGGGUAUCAACGGCAAGAUCGAGAUGAUAUUAUGACAAUGGUGGGACUGAUGGGUGCAAACUUUUCAAAGCCGUUGGUGGCAAACAAAGUCACUCAUCUCAUAUGCUACAAAUUUGAGGGGGAGAAAUAUGAACUUGCCAAGAAAAUGAAGACGAUUAAGCUUGUUAAUCACCAGUGGUUGGAGGAUUGUUUGAAGUCUUGGGAAAUCCUUUCAGAAGCAGAGUAUGAUAAGAGUGGGUAUGAGUUGGAGAUGAUGGAAGCUGAAGCCAAAGAUUCUGAAGAUGAAAAUGAGGGCAUUGCUGCAAACAGGUCUGCAGAAACAAUAGCUAUCAUGGGUCCUGAAAAUCCAAAAAGUCCUAAUCAAUUCCUUGUGAAGCAGGAAGCCUCUACAAACAUUUCAGACUUAAACAUAUUUAGAGGCUUGUCAGGUCUUGGGAACACAAAAGAGCUGUCAUUAUCUGCUUCAAAGCAGUCAAAAUCUGACCAGGUUCCAGCCUUUGAAGAAUCUCCCAAUAGGCAUGAUGAAAUGCUUAAUUCCAACUUCUGUCGAACAAAAGAAGAGCCACCAUCUAGCAUGCGACAAAAUGGAAGUGAUUUGGUUUCUGUUUCGAAUAGUGCCAGGAAGUCUCCUCAUUCUUGUUCGUCCAGAGAAUUCCCAAGGAAAUUCAGUUCUCCAAUGACCUCUGAACAUAUGAAGAGUUACUCAGGAAGUCCUGCUGCUACUGAAGCAGGUAUAGGGUAUGAUUGCUUUAACCUGUCCUCUCAGAGAGGACUAGAAAAAAGUGAGUUAGGUGUAAAAACUCCAAAGAAUUUGUCAUUUUCUGGGAAGGGUCAAAGCAGUAGACUGCCUGAGAAAAGGAAUAUGGGCAUUUCAGACAGUAGUUUCAAGUCACCAAGGACUGGUAAUAAUCCAGAAAGCAUACCGGAUGGUUAUUUGACGGCAAAUCGUUCUGAAGAGUUAAUAAACUCGUCAAAGUUAAAUAGUCUAAGCCAUGGAGGCAGUCAUCUAUUGUCUGGGAACCCUGCCCCUCACUUGGACAAGGGUGUAACUUUGGAAACCAUGCAGCAUCAUGAUUCAACCAUUUCCAAUCCUGCGACACUAAGCACUGGGCAAGGGCAUGAUGAGGAUGCACCUCAAAGCAGCACUUGUAUGAUCAUGGGGUCGAAAGGGACUAGUCAUGCUACUGUUGAUGUUAGUGGGCCACUGGAUGAACGGCAUGAUGUCCCAUCUCCAGUUAAUGAAAGAAGAGAUACCCUGAAGUCUAAUGUGCUGGCUGAGUUCAAUAAAGCUGGAGAUGAUUCCAUGUUAGAGUCUAAGACAUUGAAGAAAAGAUCACUUUCCAAGAAGACACUCGGAUCUAGACAAAGUCUCGGUAAAGGGGAUGGCAGAAAUCAGAAAGGUUCUUUACUCAUUAACAAGACUGUUCUGACGAAUGAUUCAGCUGCUUCCAGUAGCGGAGGGAGAGAGGAGACAGAGCACCAAAAUAUCGUAAGCUCUACAAAGGGUGAGGUUCUGCCUGCAGAUAAUGCUGACUUGAGCAAGGAGAUCGAGAGAAAUAAUUUUUUGAAUUCUGAAAAAGAAUCAGCCAAAACAAAUGAAUCCCUAAAUGAUGAUACUGAGGCUCCAGAGGACCAAGAAGAUGAAGAAUUAAAUGUUCUAAGAGAGAAGUCUACUGAUACUGAAGCACAACAUUCAGGGCUUCAAUCAGCGGAGAAGAAAAUUAAUGCAAACAAGGUGGUAAAUAAGAAUGACAGGAAGGAUAUUGCAAAGAGUCUUAGUACUGAAAGCAAUGAAUUUGAAACUCAAAGGACUUCUUCUGGCAAGGAGACCAAGUUAAGUAAGUCAACUUCUGUGGGGAAAGCUUCAGAGGAGAAAGUACCUGAAGGUCCAAAAUGUCUGAAGAAGAACAGCAAGAAAACUAAUCUAGCUACUAAAAGAGCUGCUGCUUCUGUAGAAGGCGCAGAAAGGAAGAAGUGCAGAACUGAUAGAAACAAGGUAGAAGCAAAGAAAGGAAAAGGGUCUCCAUCUGAAACUGGAAAAGCCACAGUAAUUUCGACUGAGAAUCAAUUGAAGAACUCCAUGGAUGUGGAGAAGGAAAAUGUGCCUGUUAUUGGACUCCAGAAUGCAAGUCAUAAUGAACGUGAAGCUGACAGAAGUUCUCCUUAUGAUAAAAAGUCUCGCUCGUUGCAGGUUACAAAAGUACAAAGUGAGCCUAGGUGGUUUAUAGUUAGUGGACAUCGGCUACAAAGGAAGGAGUUUCAGCAGGUUAUCAAGCGAUUGAAAGGAAAAGUGUGCCGAGAUUCUCACCAGUGGUCAUAUCAGGCAACCCAUUUCAUUGUUCCUGCUCCAGUACGACGAACAGAGAAGUUUUUUGCUGCUGCAUCCUCUGGAAGGUGGAUCUUGAAGACAGAUUAUUUAACUGCUUGUGUUGAGGCUGGAAAAUUGUUGGAUGAGGAGCCGUAUGAAUGGCACAAAAAGGGAUUGACUGAAGACUUAGCAAUCAACUUAGAGGCCCCAAGAAAGUGGCGACUUCUGAGGGAGAGGACAGGACAUGGCGCAUUAUAUGGAAUGAGGAUAAUCAUUUAUGGAGACUGCAUUGUACCACCAUUGGAUACAUUGAAGCGUGCAGUCAAGGCAGGGGAUGGCAUUAUAUUAGCAACUUCUCCUCCUUAUAGUCGAUUCCUUGAGUCAGGUGUUGACUUUGCCAUUGCUAGUGAGGUCAUGCCACGCUGUGACAAGUGGGUUCAAGAAUUCUUAAGGUAUGAGAUACCUUGUGUGUUGCCUGAUUACUUGGUGACUUAUGUGUGCAAACCUGGUUAUACCCUCAACAAUUAUGUGCAAUACAACACUCAUUCCUGGGCAGAAAGAUCACUGAAAAAACAUGUCAAUCGUUUGGAAGAGAUUGUUGAAGAGAUGGAGCCAUCAGAUGACAGUAGUAAUGAUAUAGCAUGCCAGGUGUGUGGGUCGCCUGACAGGGGGGAAGUAAUGCUGAUCUGUGGUGACGAAAGUGGCUCUCUUGGAUGUGGCAUUGGCAUGCAUGUAGAUUGCUGUGAUCCUCCCCUUGAAUGUGUACCCGAGGAAGACUGGUUUUGCCCAGAGUGUAGCAAGAACAUAAGUAAUACAAGUACCAAAAGGAAGUCCAAAAAAGGGACCUCUACUUCAAAGAAGAAGAAGCGCUAAUCUGUCUGUUG